ACGGUUGCCAAGGUCUAGCGUCGCUACUCCCAGGGCAGAUGGCGGCCCCCAGGCCUGGUUGCUACUUAGGGGCGGCGAAGGCUCAGCGGCGGGAAGGAUAUGGACUGUAUGUUUAUCCUAAUUCUUUUUUUCAAUAUGAAGGAGAAUGGAAACAAGGAAGAAAACAUGGUCAUGGUAAGCUUUUAUUUAAGGAUGGGAGUUAUUAUGAAGGCGAGUUUGUAGAUGGAGAAAUUAUGGGAAAUGGAUUGCGAUACUGGGCAUCUACAGGAAACACUUAUUCAGGUCAGUUCGUUUCUGGAGAGCUCCAUGGACAUGGAGUCAUGCAGUACAAAGAUGGUGGGAAAUAUGAAGGGGAGUUCUCCUAUGGAGUGAGAGCAGGACAUGGAUUACUUGUCGAUCAGGAUGGACAAACUUAUCAAGGAAGCUUUCACAAUAAUAAGAAACAUGGAGGAGGGAAAAUGACCUUCAAGAAUGGUGAUAAGUAUGAAGGAGACUGGAUCCUGGACCAGCGACAGGGUCAUGGGAUACUGCACUGUGCCGAUGGAACUAUAUAUGAGGGACAGUGGAGAAAUGAUGUGUUCAAUGGACAGGGCACCGAAAUUCAUUGUUCUGGUGUCAUCUAUGAUGGACUGUGGAUCAAUGGCUACCCUGCUGCUCAAGCAAAGAAGAUAGUAAUUUUGGGCCCAGAAGUUAUUGAUGUAAUCCAAGGGUCUGCUAUCACCCUUCAUGUCCAGCUACAGAAUGAAGAAGGAGAGGUUUCUGAAUAUGAAAAUGGUCGACUUUUGGAGAUCUGGGCUGGAGUCAAAAACCAUCAAAUUCCAGCAAGUUCUUCUACCAGCUUAUUCAAGUUAAUUGAAGAAGUUGAAAGGAAGCCAGUGAAAACCCCUUUUGGAUUUGAGUGUAUUAGCUAUCCUUUGAUGGAUGCUGUGUCCGGAAGCUGGGAACUGAAAGCUGCUGUCCCUAUAUCUGGCAAAUCUGGAUUUGCACUGGCUGAUUUACCAAUCCCUAAGGGAGAUAUAGAGCCAGAAUCCAGAUCAGACACCCAGUUUGGAACGGGAGAUGCCCCUAGCAACGAGGAUGGAUUUGAAGGUGAAAGUCUCCGUCCUCCUGCCAGUCAGAGAGUGGAGCGUGGCUGUGUUGUUUUCAGAAACAUCAUGCUUGCACCUCCUCCGGCUAAUUAUCAACCAUUCAUGCUUUUGGAUGAACUAAACAAAAAAGGAGGCAAAAAGCCAAGUGGAAGGAUAUCUGCUGAGAAAGCGGAGAAGAUGACAGUCUCACAGGAGAAAAUUGUAGACAGCAGGUCUGAAGUGACAGCGAAAGGGUACAAGUCAAAACAGGAUCAGCACUCCACGAAGAACUCUAGGGUAUUGCCAGGACAAGAAGCAGAAGUGCUUAAAUACCACAAGAAAACUGCUCCAGUGAGAUUUCCAACCCAAACUCCAGAUCCAAGAGAUUCAAGGAAGUACCUGAACGUGUAGAUGCUUUUCCAAUCCAGACCUCUGAACCGUUUGAAAUUUGCAUAUCCACUAGCCUAAGUCCAUGGACCACUGACAUGUUGCACUUCACCAUUCUCUUCUGCCAUCUUGUGACCUACUCCCAAACAAAGCGGAUGUUUGGUUCUUUAUAAAUCUCCCUGUUUUUAAAAUGCUGGUGGUAUUGAAUGAAGCGGCAUGUCCAAUUCCUGGAUCUAGUAUGUUUGGUAAUAACUAAUGAACAGAGGAUAUUAAAGUUCAAACUCUUUGGAGCUGGGAUACAUGAAAAUCUAACCUGGGAUGUUGCACAAGACCUUACAAAGCCCAGAGAGAAAUAGAAGGGGCAACUAAAACAUGCCCUAUCUUGCAUUCACUUUGCUUUGCUAAUCUUAGAAUAUUACUCACUAGCAUGAUGUCCACAGCAACAGCAACUGUUCCUGAUGUGGGAAUUAGCAUAAAAAUUGGUCUGUCAUCCUUUAGAUAUGGUACAUGAACUUUCCUUAAUUCUCUAAUGGGCUGAUGGUGGGCUAAUGCUGACACCACUCUGCAGUGUUUUGCAAGCGACAUAAAGUAGCAUCCCCAAACUGCAUGAUGUGCUAGCACUCCAAUUACAGUCCGAAAGCUUUUCCCCUUCUCUCCUAUCUGACUGGAAGAUCUCUGCCUGUGCCAUGUUCAAUUUCAGGUGAGCAUUUCAACUUUAUCUCAGCUCCAUUUGGUCUGCUUUGCGAGAUAAUGUUUGUGCAGCACUUGGGAAUAUAAAAUGCCCUAGAAGCUCUCGGUGCUAUCAUUACUGUUGUUGUCGUCGUUGUUAUUGUUAGCAGGGUGUACCUAAGGUUCUUCCACUCUGCACCGUGGCUUGUGAUACUGCUGGUGGCAAGGCUCGGUUGAAUGUUCAGUGCCAGCAUCACACUGCAGAAUGGCUCAUCCAUUUGGGCUUUGUUUGAUGGAGCGCAAAGGAAAGAAUAGAUUAAAAGACUGUAACUCUGGUGCCUUUGAAAAGAACUGUGCUAUGCCUUUGGGGCCAGAUCCAAAGCCCAGGGAAGUCAAUGGGAGUCUUUGCAUUCACUUCAGUGGCCUUCGGGGCAGGGAUGCGGAAAGGAAGUACUAGGAAUGUCCAGCAUUUUGUGACCGAGUCACAGAAACUCACUGUUUUGUUUGGGGUCAGUCGUGCUAUUUUUUUUUUAAGUAAUCGUGUUUAAUGGUGGAGAAGAUGCCAUUUCUGACCUGGAUGUAAUGGACAACAUCUCAUGGAAAUACCAGGAUUUGCAGAUAAAUGUUGGGGAUCAAAAGUAUGGAUGCUUUUGCAUGACUCGUGGGUACAUGGGGGGAGAGAAAGGGGAAAGGCAGACAGACCUACACAGUGUGUACUGAGACUGUGCUUAGGAGUAGGAGAUAGCCAAGCAGUUAUAUAAAAUAAGAAC